UUUUGGAGGGUUCUUAAGGGAUUUUGAGGGAUUUUGGGAAAUUUUGGGGUAAUGGAGAUGUAGGAAGUUACAGUGCAGUGAUGGGAUGAGUAGUUGGAAGUAUAAGAGGAGUUAUACACCAGCAGAGAGGAAAGGGUAUGGGUCGAAAAUGUUAGCAGAUUUUCAGAAAUAUUAUGAUGAGCAGGUGAAGAGGAAGUGAAAUAAGUUCAAACUUGGCAAUUUUCAUGAGAGUUUUUAUAUGAAAUUUUAAAAAUAAGAAAAUAUCUAAGAGAAGAUAUACAGAAGUAGCAAAGAAAAGAACUCAAGUUAGAAAGUCAAAUUUAACCAUUACAUAUACCACUGAAGGCACACCUCAAGACCUAUUUUUCAAAUAAACGUAGCAAAAGUGUGCAAAAACUAAACACCACGCUCCAAAAGCUCAAAAAGCCUCAUAAAAUCCCCAAUCUCAAGCCUCUAAACUACCCCUCCAUCAACCCUAAAACUCAACUUCUCAGACAGCCCCUGUUCUCCAAAAUCACAGCCCAGCCGGCUUCAAGCACAGUCUCUGCUCCUCUGCAGUAUUGCCAAGCUGCAAGGACAGGUCGAGGUUUUUGAGAUGGGACUGGUAACAACACAAGUGCCAGGCAAGAGAUUUCAAAAAGAAAUGACAGCAUGAAGCAAGCGAGAAAGACUCAAAUGGGAUUUUAUAAACCGAAUAUGCCUGAGAAAGUGUAUGAUAAUGAAAGUUUACAAAAGUUUGAACGGUUUAUGGAAUCUCAGAAGAGCAAAAGAGAAAAGAUAAAUUCAAUGAAUAAUAUUCCAUCCAAACCCCCAGUUCCUAUCCUCCUUGAAACUAUCAUUGAUCAAAUUCACGACCGUAUAAAGCCUUUGAUCUUGUUCAACUGUUCAGCCAGGAACAGAGGACUUAGCCAAGAUGGAGAUGGAAAGAUGACUCCUUCUUUUAAUGAUCAGUAAUAUAAGGGAGAUUUCAUAAGAAUCUCAUACUUGUCCACAGUGAACAAAUGCUGCAAAUUUGAGGUUCUAAGUAU